AAAUUUAUUAAUUUAAAAAAAUGCAGACCAAAUUCUAGCGUGUUCUUCCCUGUUUGAACAAAACUGUAGAAGUAAUUUCAUCCACCAAUUAAAUUUGGAAGCUUCAGAUAAAUCUAUUGGGUCAUUGUAAUGAUUUUAUCUGUCCUCAAUAGUUUCCAUUUCUAGAUUUCUUUAUGCAUUUAUUUCUGCUCUUCUUUCUAGGGUUUUCUUCUCUUUCUUCAAUUCACAAGGUUCUGGGACUUUGAAAUUAUCUAGGGGAUUACACUUUUGGUUGUGCCAUGGAGACACGUUUUGAUUUCAUGCAAUGGCUGGACACUGACGUGUCUCUGGACAUUAUGAUGCGUUUGAAUGAUCCAGCUGAUGUGGUCCGUGCUGGCUCUGUUUCACGCCGUUGGCGCCAAUUUGUUACUGUCCUGGUACUACCUGCUGUUUUUGUUACUAUCUGCUAUUUCCUGUACGGCUGCUACUUUUUUUCUGGACUGCUUUGGAUGUUUCUUGAGCCGAGGAUAUAUCGGAAACAACCUCUCGACAUGCAUGAGAAGUCCAGUGAGGAACUUUACAAUCACUUUCAGAAGAAAUUGGCUACAUUAAGCCUUUCUUCGAGAAAUCUUGGCAUGCCAGUUUUUAUCCUUGAAAGUUUGUUACCAUUUGGAAGAACAAACAGUGUGGGAAGGUUUCAGCAGCUUUCUAGGAUUGCCCGGAUAACAGAACUAGAUUUGAGUGCAUCAGAAGCAAAAGACGCUGGGUCUAGCAAUUCCAACUGGGAGACUCUAAAAAGAGACCAUGAAGUUUAUUCUUCUCUACUUCAAGCUAUUGAAUCAUCAAAGUCAUGUCGAAACGAUUGCAUAGGCUAUGCAGUCAGUGCUUCCAGCACGGACAAUUAUCCAGAUGAAAGUAUUGUCAAUACCUUAAUCCCGAUGGACAAAUAUCUGAAUAGACCUUCCUACUGGUCAAGUAAAGGACACAGUGAUCCGAAUGCCCCCGAGACACUAAUUUACAAAUUGAAAGCUGAUCUAUGUGUGAUCACCGAAGUUUUUAUGCAACCUUUUGAAGCUUAUUUCCAGCCUGGCAAGCCCAUAUAUUCUGCAAAAUCUGUUCGAUUUCGAUUAGGGCACCCCAAAUCCUCGAAGGAUGAGAGUGAUCUCCUGAAAAUGCCCCAGCAACAGCCUGCUGAUGACAAGUUUAUAUGGACAUAUACUUCUGAAGAAUUCCCUAUGACACAGGAAAAAUGCUUUCAGCGGUUCAACCUGCCAGAACCUGUGCUUUGCGUUGGUGGAUAUCUGCAGAUUCAACUUUUGGGCAGAGUUCAGAGACAAGAAAUGGACGACUUGUUUUACAUAUGUGUUAGUCAUGUGAGAGUUGUAGGGCGACCUCUGGGCCCUGCAUUCGACAUAGAGGUCCUAGAGCCGUCUCAAGAAUUUGUGUUGAAGUACAAUCGAGAUGUUUUUGGAUGCAUGUUGCAAAGCUUGACUAAUGGAAGUCAUCAAGACUCAAAUGUUCCUCCAACACUAUCAGAUGACCUUGUGGUUGAUGCUGGCAUUGUGGAGUUCUUUUUACAGAACCACCAUCCAGGUUUCGAACUCAUGGGAUGGGGGGACGACGAAGAGGAUGAUGAUGAAAUGGAUGAAGUGGGAUUUUUGUAAUUUAACAUGGCGAUUAAUGCAUGUUCGGUCGCUUGUCUUUGAUGGUCCUUAAUUAAGUAGUUUUCCAGCAGUUCUUUCUGUACUUAAAAGUUUUAGAGCUGCAUAAACCCUUAUGGAUGAAACUGUAUUUUUGUUGUAUGAUUUGUUGAGAUGCUUCUACUUUGCUUUUGCACAUUUUUCAAUAACAAAUCAGUAAAGAGAUGCAUUCUCCUUCAUGCAAA